AUGAGUUUUGACGCAAAAGCUGAUGCUGAGCUGGAGUUUGAUACUACCAAAGAUGUUGAAGUGAUUCCUACUUUCGAGCGCAUGGGUCUGAAAGAGGAUCUACUUCGCGGAAUCUACGCAUACGGAUACGAAACGCCCAGUGCAGUCCAAAGUCGCGCCAUUGUUCAGAUUUUGAAAGGAAGAGAUACUAUCGCGCAGGCACAGUCUGGAACCGGUAAAACUGCCACAUUCUCGAUCGCCAUGCUACAAACUAUAGACACAAAGGUGCGCGAGACGCAAGCCCUCAUUCUCUCACCGACACGAGAACUCGCGACGCAGAUCCAAAACGUCGUGCUCGCGCUCGGAAACUACAUGAACGUGCAAUGCCACGCCUGCAUCGGCGGAAAAUCCAUCAGCGAAGAUAUCCGCAAACUCGACUACGGCCAGCACGCCGUCUCCGGCACACCAGGCCGCGUGGCGGAUAUGAUCCGUCGUCGGAAUCUGCGGACGCGGCAUAUCAAGAUGCUGAUUCUCGACGAGGCGGACGAGUUGCUUAAUCGUGGAUUCAAAGAUCAGAUUUACGACAUCUAUCGAUACCUGCCGCCGUCGACGCAGGUCGUCGUCGUCUCGGCGACUUUACCCUACGACGUUCUCGAGAUGACAAACAAAUUCACGUCCGACCCCGUGCGCAUCCUCGUCAAGCGCGACGAACUCACGCUCGAAGGUCUCAAGCAAUACUUCAUCGCCGUCGAAAAGGAAGAGUGGAAAUUCGACACCCUCUGCGACUUAUACGAGACCCUGACCAUCACGCAAGCCGUCAUCUUCUGCAACACCCGCAACAAGGUCGACUGGCUCGCCGACAAGAUGCGCGAAGCAAACUUCACCGUGGCCUCCAUGCACGGCGACAUGCCGCAGUCCGACCGCGACGCGGUCAUGCAGGAGUUCCGGCAGGGCAACUCGCGCGUCUUGAUCUCCACCGACGUCUGGGCGCGCGGCAUCGACGUGCAGCAGGUCUCGCUCGUGAUCAACUACGACCUGCCGUUUAACCGCGAAAACUACAUCCAUCGGAUCGGUCGAUCGGGCCGGUUCGGUAGAAAGGGCGUCGCGAUCAAUUUUGUGACAAACGAGGACGUCACGAUCUUGAGAGAUAUCGAGCAGUACUAUAGUACCCAGAUCGAUGAAAUGCCAAUGAACGUCAGCGAGAUGGUCUAG